AUGGCUGUGAAGCCACUGCAUAAUAUUUGGAUCAAACGCCAGCAAUGCCCAUUGGAGAUUGGAAGUUUUAGUAAUGUUCGUAGCCAUGAAUUAUUGGAGGACGAGCAAGUCCGGCUACUUCUCGCUUAUAGAAAAAUCGAGGGAGCUGAUCAAGAACGUAUCUUGCUUCUCUCGAGAGCCGGGUUCCCCGUCAAUCGAAUCGUGAAGGUGAUUGAGCUGGAAAAGGGGGUCCAGCCGGGGCAGUUGCCAUUUAUAGAAAAAGAUGUUAGGAGUUUCUUGAGUUGUUGUAGGAAGAUUGUUGAGGAAAACGAUGUUAUUCUGAACUCUAAACGUACUAAUGAUUUGAUCGAGCUUCUUGAUGCGUGCAAGGUGGCAGCAGAAAGGGAUGAGGGGUUUGUUUACGAUUUCACGGCGGAUGAGAGUGGGAAAGUGGAAAAUGUUGCGUGGGCUUAUGGAGAUUCAGCCCGUGCAUUUUUUUUAUCAUUGGACGAUACAUCUAAGUCAUUUUCGUGGGCCUUACAGGUUUUUGUUGGAUUUAUGAAGGGGAGACAACCAGAGAUUGUUGUGACUGAUAUGGAAUCGGACCUUAGAGAUGCACUGGCAAUUUAA